ACCAUCGAACUGAUUCGCUGUUCCGUACACCGUGUGCUGUCAACUUGUCGAUCUUAUUAUGUAUGUGUGUAUAUAUAUAUGUAAUACAUAAAUAUAUAUAUCAUAUAUAUAUAUGUAUAUGCACACAUAUCUCUAUAUUUCAAAUCAGUGGAUUGUACAGAUAUAAGCCAGUAAGCCAGACAAGUAAACCAGUGGUAUUUACACAAAUACCUCAUACAGCAUACACACGGUUGUUGACGAGUUUCCAAGCGUAGUUCUUCCUAGUUGAGACUUCGAGCUAGUUCUGUAUGAAGGGACCAGAUGACAACCAUUAACCUCCUGAUGCCUAUAACACUGUAGUUAUGCCUCGCCGAAAAUCAGCAGAAAGCCUAAAGAAGCAAUGCCUUCACAGCAUUGCUUUUAACAUGGACAAGAUGUUGAGCUCGGAUUUCUAUUCUAGUUUCCCAGUGGGUCCACGUCUCUACUAUGUUAUCGGACCAUUUAGCUGCCUCACCACUGAGAUGACACAAGACCUGAUCAACAUUCUAUCGGAGCAACGACUGCUGAAACGACAUCAUCUGCAAGUAUUGAUCUGCACUCACCUGAAACAGCUGCAGUUAGAUGUGUGUGGUUCGAUAGCCAAUCAUGACAGUGUUGCACGUAUGGUUGGUGUUAGGUGCCAGACUCUUACAAAGUUAAACCUGUCAUCUCUGAACAAUAUUUCAACUAAGAUCUUGGUUGAUCUCAUCUAUAAUGUACCACAGAUCCAGUCCCUUGUAUUACAGAACACCAAAUGUAAUGACCAAGUGAUGUCAGUUAUUGGUCGAACUUGCUGUCACCUCCGUGAGCUGAAUGUCUUCAAUUGUCCUGUUACUGAUUCUGGCGCCUUCGGCUUAUGCGUGAAAAACUCUGCUGCUGGUGGUGUACCAAAUUGUUCCCAGCUUGUCAGCCUGGACAUUAAUGCAACAGCAGUAAGCCUGAAUGGCGCCAGUACCAUCUUGCAGAACUUACAUCACCUGAAAUAUUUUCAGUAUUGUGAUGUGUGCGCUGUUUUUGAAAAACUUUAUCUUGACAGUCUUCGGUUUGGCUCUUCAUUUGUUGCCAGCCAGAACCGUGCUUAUCGUACUCAACAGCUAGCUAAUAGUGAUUCAUCAUCAGUAGGUCCGUUAGAAGGAAACAAAGACACCAAUGCAUCAUUCAUUAGCUUACUGAGCACAGUUGAAGAUGGCAAUGGGAACAAGGAUGCACAUGAGGAUAAGUCGGAAAAUGUCAAUGAUGCUGUUAGAAGCCAAAUAGCCAUCACAGCUCAUACCAAAAGCAACAGUUUGAAUAGUGUUGAGAGUCAGCGUAAGUAUUGUAUCAACUCUCUGACUGCAACAGGACUAAAGUGCUCUCUAGUUACUGCCCAAAGUAUCAAAAUAGCCUGUGAAGUAUGUCCAUAUGUAACUGAGGUGUACCUUCAUCAGAACAUUGGUAAUAAAGGUAUGGUUCACCUGACACAACUCUCACAAUUACAUGUUCUUGAAGUUGUCAGUUGUGCACCAGAUCCCAUAACAUUCGAAGAAGGUCUUGUGCCUGUUCUGCGCAAGGCUGGCCCUACGUUAUCACGCCUCACUCUGUAUGAUUUUUCUGAUAUUGACAUUAUUCGAAUUGGGCAAUACUGCCCUCAGCUUCAUUAUCUUAAUUUAGAGUCAUCAAUGUGUGACUUUAUUGAUUAUGAUAUGAACGUUUUGAAGAAGUUCAUUGUGAAAAAUGGUAGCUUUCCUCCGUGGCAGGCCAUGAAGUGUGCCAAUAUUCACAAUGAUAAUCCGCACACAAAUAAAUUGUGGACAAGACAGUCAGUGGGUAGCAAAGCAGGGUCUUCUUCUAUUGGUUCUCCUUAUGGUAACCAAGAUGACCGGGCCUCUCGAUGUCAGGAUGAAAAUAACAGAGUCGGACUUUUUGCUCACAUUAGAAGCUUACGAAUAAUAUUACUCAGUGAGACGCAUAACUUUCCUGCAGAUGUACUACGACUAAUCUUAAUCAAUGCAGAGAAUUUGAUCCAUUUGCAUCUAACAAACAUGCAGUUUCUCACUCACAACCUGCUUAUUUCAGUCCUGAUGCACAACCCACUGUGUUUCUUGCAGACUCUCCUCUUGGAAAUGUGUAAUGGGGUUGAUCGGGACUUUGUGAUGCGCCUACUGACUGAUGAACAAAAUGGUCUGCGCAGGCUUGAUCUGAUCGAGUGCCAGAGUAUAACUAGGCGGGAUUUCGAACACUUUCUAGACCGGGUACGCCAAGAUAAUGUUGAUGUGACAAUAACUUGGAUGUAAUUUGUUGCAAACAUUCUGUAUAAAGUAACAUGAAAAUACAUGCACAAAUGUACACACACACACACACACACACACACACACACACACACACACACACACAAAAUAUAUAUAUGUAUGUGUGUAUGUAUAAUAUAUAUGUGUGUGUGUGUGUGUGUGUAUAUAUACAUGUAUAUGUAUCUAUAUAUAGAUAUGUAUAUAUAUCGGUAUCUAUGUAUAUAUAUAUGUAUGUAUAU